AUGUCUUUAUCCCUUGGUUUCCUCAAUGCUAAAUUGUUCUUUUGCCUCUGUGUAACAUUUUUGAAACACCAUUUCACAUUUUCUGCUUCAAAUCCUACUGGCCUAACCCUAAGGGCUGUCCUGGAUGAUUCUUCAGGCUCCCCUUUAUACCUUAUUGAAAACCUGACUAUAGCUGAAAGAACCGAAAGAUUGAUAAAAGUUACAAAUGCUAGAGCCAAUUAUUUGAGCCUAGUUUCGAAUUGUGAUGCAAGGAUACACCCUGAUAAUAUUCCAAUGCCCAUAUCACGAGAGGGUUUAUUCUAUGUUGUGGAGUUUGCAAUAGGAAGCCAACACCACAAAGUGAAGUUAUUGAUGGAUACUGGUGGUGGAUUAAUUUGGACCCAAUGUGUACCUUGCAAAACUUGUUUCCCACAAAACCUUCCAAUAUUUAAUCCUAGUGCUUCCGCCACUUACGCCAGACUUCCUUGUGACCAUCCUCUCUGCAAAGGCCCCGGUGAUCGUUACACUUGUUUUGAUGGCUUUUGUGUCUACAAUGUUCACUAUACCGGUGGCGCCUCUACUAGGGGCACUGCGUCCAUGGAAACAUUCCAUUUCUCUAUCGAUCAAUCUGAAAUUGAAAGUUUCAAAAAUGUCAUCUUCGGUUGCUCUGACGAUAGUAGUGACAUUUUUUUCAAGAACACUGAUAUUUCAGGGAUCUUUGGAUUGAGCAUGUCCCCGGAUUCAAUGAUGAUGCAAUUUUCGUCUUUCAUUCAUUCUCGAUUCUCAUACUGUUUGGUCCCUUUCGCUGAUGCCAUACCUCGUCCACUUGUUCUAAGGUUCGGGGAAGACAUUCCACAGUUGCCUCCAGAUGUUCGAACAACAUCGUUCGUGCAAUCACCUACCAACCAUUUUUACUACUUGGAGUUGUGGGGUAUAAGUGUUGCAGGUCAUCAUUUACCGUUUUCUCAAUCUACUUUUCAGUAUAGGGCAAACGGGAAAGGUGGUUGCUUCAUAGACUCUGGAGCUUUAUUCACUCAAAUCGAUGCCGGCACAGUUGGAAUCAAUGCAUACGCGGCAGUAAUGCAAGUGUUUGCAUCAUAUUAUGAGUCCAAAAGUCUUAGAAGAACAACAUCACGAGGAUUUGAGCUAUGUUAUGAACGUCCACCAAAUUAUGAUGAUUUUGCUUCCUUAACAUUCCAUUUUAAUGGAGCCGAUUACACCGUUGCUGGAGAAUAUGUGAAUCUUAUCAGCCCAGAUAUUUUCUGCGUAGCAAUAAUAAAGGGAACUUACGCAACUAUGCUUGGAGCCUGGCAGCAACAAAACAAACGUCUCAUUUAUGAUGUAGGGAUGGGUGCACUCCAAUUUGCUGAUGAAAAUUGUGUCAAUGAUAUUUCAUGA